AUGUUUACACGCGCCGUGUGCGCGCGGACAGCGCAGGCCGCAUCACAUCGAGCUUGCUUUAAGGUGGGUUUACGGAGAUUUAAAAUCUAUCAUUUGCGGAAGUCUAACGACGAAUCCCUCUUCACAUACACCACCGGCCGCUUCCUCUACAACGAACGCGCGCGUCUGCGCGAACGAUACGUGCCGUUCAACACCACAGCACUCAAGCAAGCCAUUUCAAAGCACGUAGGUCAUGGGCAUGUCCAGUCCCUUACAAAACUCAGCGAGGGGGGCUUCAAUCGGGUUCUCCUAGCCACGAUGGAAGAUGGGUUCAAAGCCAUUGUCAAAAUCCCAUACUGGAUAUCUGUCCCUAGGACGUAUGUCACUACUAGUGAGGUUGCCACUCUUACGUUCCUCAGAUCGAAGGGGAUUCCCGUUCCGGAGGUGUAUGGGUGGUCUUCAUCUUCCACAACGGAUAAGCCCAUUGGGGUUGAGUACAUCAUAAUGGAACACGUCCCGGGGUAUCAGAAGCAUGCGCUGGUGACGGGGAUUGUGGAUGUUGAGAAACGGCUGUUUAGCAUUCCGUUUGGGGCGGUGGGGAGUAUUUACUUUAAGAAGGAUGUUGAGACCCGGUUUCAGGCCCCGCUGUAUGUGCCCGGGACGGUGGAUGAGGAUGGGGAUGGGGAUGUGUAUUGUAUUGGGCCGAGUGCUGAUUACAUGUUUUGGUAUGGGAGGAGGGGGGGUGGAAGGUUGAUAGGGGGCCUUGAUUAUCUUGUUGCGACGGCAGAAAAAGAAGUCAAGUGGGUGGAGAAGUAUAGCAAACCGCUGGAGCCGGAUUUCCCCCACAAUACCGUCUUUCCUGGCGUGCGACAGCCGCAGGAGUAUCUGGAGCUUCUUAGGAAGUAUCAGUCUAUCGCACCGUAUCUUCUUCCAAGAGAGCUGGGUCGUCCGACUCUGCGCCAUCCGGACCUCACACCAAGCAACGUCUUCAUCUGCCCCGACACAUUCAAAGUCACAUCCAUCAUCGACUGGCAACACACGUUUAUCACGCCACUGGUUCUCGCAGCCGGAUACCCUCGACUAUUCGAGAAUCCUGACCCCGAGCCUCCCACGGGGUUGAUCCCGCCAAAGUACCCUCCUGAGUACGACGAUGAAACCCGACGAAAAGGCCCAAGCCGCCAGUGGUCAGGUAAUAUGAUCUCGCUGCGCGGUGCUCUCAUGCGCAUAUGUGAGCUCUGGCCUCAUCUUUCUGUCCCAGAUGAAUGCCCCAUUAGGUUCUCGGAGCAGGAAGUUCGUGAGCAGGCGGAGAGUGAGCGUAUGUGGUAUGACUUGAAUGCGCUUGUUGGUCACUGGCGGCGUGAACUUGGGGGACUCUCAGAGGAGGGUUGGAUUCCUGCUGAGAAUUAUGAUGCGGCAGUGCAGAGGAAUGAGUCUUUGAGGGAGGAGUUCUCGGAUGGUGCGAGUCCUGAUGAGUUGGGGAAGAUUCGUCGCGGCUGGCCUUUUCGGGAUCUUGAGGACUUCUAUUGA